UGUGUUUGUUGUUUUUGUUGCCCUCGGCGUUUUUGUAUGUAAUUGCAAGUGUCCCAUUUUGCAAUUACAUUUAUAUGUGUAGUUUUUUCGUCUGAUAAGAUUAAUGUGCCACCCCGAAAAGAAGAAAAUCUCGAAAGGACUAGCUCCAAAAUAAAAUGCAUCAACAACAACAACCCCGUGUGUGUGCAAGUGUGUGCGUGUAGCCUUGAUGCAGUGCCCACGUUGAAAAAAAAAAUUAUGCUGCAAAGAGCGUAAAAAAAUGCGAUUUUCUGUAUUCUCCAAUACGUGUUUUUGCAUAUGUACUCGUGUGUGCUCCAUUGUUUGGCAGCGGUAUUCUUAACCUAUUCCAACGGUUCGAUUUGGAAACAAUUUCCAAUUUCCUGUCGCCAUCGCUCUACGGCUCUUCUUCUUUCUCCGUUGGCUUUAACCCAUUGCUGGCCGCAUCGAGUGGAUUUUCCUACGCGGCAUUUGUUAGGGUUGAUUUUUCACCACGUGGUGAGCGGAUAGACACGAGAUAAUCGUGAAUCGCAGUCAGAAAUCAAGAAGAACGGGCAAAUCUACAGGGCAGAGCGGAGAAUUCGUCGGGAGACCAUGAUGGAUGCACAGAACAUCCACAUACAAAAUGGUGGCAGCUGCGAGGUGGUUCAAUCCAACGGGGUGACCACCAAUGGACACCACCACCACCACGGCAGCAGCAGCGGAAGUGGCAGCGGGAGCAGCAAGCAUAAAUCCUCCAGCAAGGACAAGCACCGUGAUAAGGACAGGGAGCACAAGAGCUCCGGAUCCUCCAGCUCGUCGAAGGAUCACAAGAGCAGCAGCCGCGACAAGGACCGGCACAAGAGCAGCAGCUCGUCGUCGAAGCACCGGGACAAGGAUAAGGAACGCGACGGCAGCAGCAACUCACAUCGCAGCAGCUCCUCGUCCAGUCACAGGGACAAGGAUGGGAGCAGCAGCAAGCACAAGUCCUCGUCUUCGUCAUCGUCCGGCCACCACAAGAGCUCCUCGAAGGACAAGGAGCGUCGGGAUAAGGACAAGGACCGCAGCAGCAGCUCUUCCAGCCGGCACAAGUCCUCCUCGUCGUCUAGCUCCCGUGAUAAGGAGCGUAGCAGCAGUCACAAGAGCUCAUCGUCAUCAUCAUCCUCGUCGAAGAGCAAACAUUCCAGUUCGCGGCACGGCAGCUCGUCCUCCUCGUCAAAGGACCCGCCAUCGUACGAUGGAGUGUUUGUCAAGCCGGAGCCCGUUUCCCAGCCCAUGUUGCACUCGGGACAAGUCGAUCCCUUCCAGAUGCAACAGCUAGGCGGAUAUGAAGCCACGUCUGCCCUCAAUUGCAAUGGCAAUGGCAACGAUGGCGGAAUGAACUACAAGAACGGCUACGAGGAAUCGAUUGUGGACAUCAAGAAGGAGGACGAGAGCUUUAACAAUCUGUCGCAGGCCAGCUCCUGUGAUUACUCCAUGUCGCAGUUUCGCGCCGAUGAGCCUCCGUUCGAGGUGAAGCACAGCCAGAGCUACGCCGAGGAGGAUAGCCAGAUGAACGAAACCUACCAGGAUGACGAUCGCGAGGAGUUGGACGACGACGAGGAGGACGUGCCGCUGGCCAUGCGCAAGCGGAAGCAGGAGGCACCCGAUCAGGCUGACGGCGGCAUGGAUGACGAUGACGACGACAUUCCGCUGCUGGCGCGCAAGAAGGUCAAGAAGGAGCCCAAGGAGAAGACCAAGAAGAAGCGGGUCAAGGAGGAGCCCGACGACGAGUACGGCAUCGCCAAGCCCAAGAAGAAGAAGAUCAAGAAGGAGUCGGAGAUCAAGACCGAGGUCGCUGUAUCCCCCACCAAACGUGCGAAGGUCAAGGAAGAGGAGGAGGAGGUUUGGAGAUGGUGGGAAGAGGAAAAGCGCGAGGAUGGCGUCAAAUGGUCAACGCUGGAGCACAAGGGUCCUGUAUUCGCGCCUCCCUACGAACGGGUGCCCCGCAACGUGCGGUUCUACUACGAUGGCAAGCCCCUCGAACUGUCCGAGGAAACGGAGGAGGCGGCCACCUUCUAUGCAAAGAUGCUGAAUCAUGACUACUGUACCAAGGACGUGUUCAAUAACAAUUUCUUCAAGGACUUCCGCAAGUCGAUGACCUCGAAGGAGAAGGAGAUUAUCAAGGAUUUCAACAAGUGCAACUUCCAGGAGAUGUUCAACUUCUUCCAGGCGGAAUCCGAGAAGCGCAAAGCGGCCAGCAAGGAGGAGAAGUUGAUCAAGAAGAACGAGAACGAGGCGCUGAUGAAGGAGUACGGAUUCUGUAUGAUCGACGGGCACAAGGAGAAGAUCGGCAACUUCCGCCUGGAGCCGCCGGGUCUGUUUCGCGGUCGCGGCGAGCAUCCCAAAAUGGGCAUGAUCAAGCGGCGCAUCCAGGCCAGCGAUGUGUCCAUCAACUGUGGCAAGGAGUCGAAGGUGCCGGCACCACCGCCCGGUUCGCGCUGGAAGGAGGUGCGGCACGACAACACGGUCACCUGGCUGGCCUCCUGGAUCGAGAACGUACAGGGACAGGUCAAGUACAUCAUGCUGAAUCCCUCCUCGAAACUCAAGGGCGAGAAGGAUCACAUCAAGUACGAGACAGCUCGUCGCCUGGACAAGGUGAUCGAGAAGAUUCGGGCCACCUACCGCGACGAGUGGAAAUCGAAGGAGAUGCGGGUGCGCCAGCGAGCGGUGGCCCUCUACUUCAUCGACAAACUGGCGCUGAGAGCGGGCAACGAAAAGGAUGAGGAUCAGGCCGAUACCGUGGGCUGUUGCUCACUGCGUGUCGAGCACAUCCAACUGCACAAGGAGUUGAAUGGCAAGGAGAACGUGGUGGUGUUCGACUUCCCCGGUAAGGAUUCCAUUCGCUACUACAACGAGGUCGAGGUGGAGAAGCGCGUCUUCAAGAACCUCGAGCUGUUUAUGGAGCACAAGAAGGAGGGCGACGACCUCUUCGAUCGACUCAACACGCAGGUGCUCAACGAGCAUCUCAAGGAGCUAAUGGAUGGACUCACGGCCAAGGUGUUCCGUACGUACAACGCUUCGAAAACACUGCAAGACCAGCUGGAACUGAACACCGAUCCGAAUGCGACGGUGCCGGAAAAGCUGUUGGCCUACAAUCGCGCCAAUCGUGCCGUGGCCAUCCUCUGUAACCAUCAGCGUUCCGUUCCCAAGGGCCACGAGAAAUCGAUGGAGAACCUGAAGGAGAAGAUCAAGGCCAAGCGCGAUGCCAUCGACGAUUGCGAGGCCGAAUAUCAUGACUUGAAAAAGGCUGCCAAACGUGGCUCUGUUAAGGAGAAGGUCAAUGCCGACAAGAAGGGCAAACAGUUGGAGCGCCUGAAGGACCAGCUGAAGAAACUAGAAUUACAAGAGACUGAUAGAGACGAGAAUAAGACCAUUGCCCUGGGCACAUCUAAGCUAAACUAUCUCGAUCCACGCAUAUCGGUGGCUUGGUGUAAAAAGAACGGAGUGCCGAUCGAGAAGAUAUUUAACAAAACGCAAAGAACCAAAUUUCUGUGGGCUGUGCAUAUGGCCGAUGAGAAUUAUCGUUUUUAAAUGUGUUCGUCUCAAGGGCACGCCUACAUAAUCACGCCCCCGACUCACACAUAAAGAAAAGCAUAGACGGCGCAGGUUAAUUUAAGAAAGCCAAACCCACCACAAGGACGGUUGAGAUUCAGGUCAACCCCAUCCUUUGCCCGAGAGUUUAUGCAAUGAAUAAUGCAUAUGUCCAGCUCUCGGCAAAGGCGUUUCGGGAUUAUCCUCGGAAGAGAGCGAGACGGAUGAUCCGAAGCGCGGGGACCUGAUUUCCUGCGUCUGUUUUGUCUGCUUUUAAUCGUAUAAUUGUUUCACGUGCGCACUACGCUGAAGUCUAACUUGCGAAAUGCGCUAACCGAACAUACACGCCCUCAAACUUCUAUAUAUAAUUAUAUAUAUUAAACCCAAUAUAUAUAUUAUAUACAAAUUAUCCAUAAACACCAAGAGAAGGAAGGAAACCUGUGCAAAAUGCCGCCGCCAACUAAAAACAAAAUAAGAACAUACUUUUAUAUGUUACCAUACAACUUUUUUUUUGUCAGAUAGGACUUCUCUUACAUAUAUUUUUAAUUAUAUAUAUAUAUUAAUUAUUAAACAAAAGAAAAACUUAAACAAAACAGAAUGCAAGCAGACAAACUCUUGGUUUGUAUAAUUACAAUUUUUUUUAUGUUUACCUAUAGUUGAUUUUUGUUUAGCGAAAAAUGUCUUUCACUAUUAAUAUUAUUAAUUGUACGAUUACUACAAUAACGUAUUUAAGUGCUAAUUGAACAGAGAAACCUUGUAGCCCAACUUUUAGCAUAGCAUAAUUUAUUCAAUUCAACUCUGAUCCAGCGCAAUUUACCACCAGCCCCGAAGCGAAGAACAGAACAUGUCGAGGUGGUUUUGUUUUGUACCUUAUGAUUUUAGUUUAAAUUAAAAAUAUACACAACUGCUAAAUUUA